AAGAUGGUAAUUGUGUGCUAUAUGCUUGCCCUUGGAUUUUAAUUCACGUUCACAGUGGAGUAAGAGUGUUAUACCAGUUGCUUGUUUUUGCAUUUGUUUAAUGGAAAUGCAGACUUCAGCUCUUUUACUUUUUAUUUAAACUGAGCUAAGAUUGGUAAAUCCUGGAGUAUAUUCAUUAUGAAGACGCGGGGAAAGAUUUAUAGAUAUGUGGGAGAAGUGGUUACCAAGCUAAGUGAGCAGCCUCUAAAGGAGACCAAGUCUGGUAAACCUGACAAGACUGCUGGUGAAGCUUCGGAUGCUGCAAAGUCUGGUACCCCUGCAGAAUCUGAAAAGGGUCAAGGAGAUUGCCAAGAGAAAGCACCUGUUCCGCUUCUGGAGUCGUCGGAUGACAAAGCCUCAGACAGCGAUGGUGAACCCAGUCAGAGACGGCGGCCAAUUAGAAAAGGUGUCACAAAGGUUGCUGGUGAUGGCUCAAAGAGUGGAGAUGAAGGCAGAGAGAAAACAGAAGUAGAAGGAAUCAUGAAGGCAACUCCAAGUUUGGUACAAGAUGUGGCGCAGGAUGGCUCAGGAGUGCCAGUGGAAGUAGUGAACGGUGAAGCUGGUCCAGCAGUACAAAGAGUACCAUUACAGGAGAUAGCAAUAGAUACAGAUACCACAAACAAGAUUGCAGAAAAGCUGAUGUUGCCUAUGCUGAGUCCAGGAAGAAUCAUGAAAGCCAGGAAGUCAUUCCCAUCCAAAAAGGCCAGAGGAUUGAGUGCUGAUGAUGAUCUUGAUGAUGAUGAUGAAGACAGUAUUGAGGAGUAUGUAGCCCUUUCUGAUCAGGCUGAGAGUGAGGAUGCCUUUGAGAUGGUUCCUCACAGAAUAGAUAUGCCAGAUAUGAGUACCAGUAGUGACACAGCAGUUGAUGAACGUAGUACUCUGAGUGAACCAGAAGGUAGUUUAGGCUCAGAGAGUAGUUCUUCAGUGCCUUCAACAAAUUCAGGUAAAUCCAGCAGAAAAGUAGUGCCUGCUGACAAACAAAGCGGUAAAAAAUCUGCCAAUGCUAAAGCAAAAAAUCAGAGGUCUCAUCCUGAAAGAGUGGUGCAACUACAUGUUGGUGGAGAAGAGGCCAUGGACACUGGAGCUGCAAGCAGGAGAACCAUUAUGAACACAGCAGGAGCAGUCGACCCACUUUCUGCAGGUACUUCAAAUACCAAAUCAAAAUCCUCUGUCAAAGCUAGUGCCAAAGACCCAGGACACGUUCCAGAGCAGCCUGAUCAAGAGCAGAUGCAAACGCAAUCAGCCAGUGAGCCAGUAGCUGGGACUGCAGCUGAGUCGCAGCUACCGCUAUCUGGUACCUCUACCCCUGUAGCAGACUUUCCAGUUGGGAAUGCAGGGUCAAUGAUUCCAGAUAGCACUGCAAUUGCCAAAGGGAUGCCGGUGAAGAGAAGCACAAGACAACGUAAGCCAACUCACUUUGGACAACAUGUAAGGAGGAAGAGAUCAAAAAAUGUUUCAGACUCUGAUUCUACAGAUCAUCAAUCAGAGGGUAGUGUAGAUGCUGCAAGGUUCAAGAAGGUCCGUCGCUCAAAUGGUAUUGAAAAUACUGGGGCAGAACAUAGCUAUGCACGAAGAGAUAAGCAAGGCCCGGUUGCAUUGACCCUCCCUGAUUCUGCAGGAGAUUACUCAAAACGCGGGUUGGAACCUCCUCUGUGUUGCUGCAAGAUGGAACAGGCGAGGCCUGCCACUGUGGUAGCCACAACCUGUGAGGCUUUAGAAGUUGUCAAAGGAAAUAUUGCUGUGUGUGGGAACAAGGUGGAGUCAAUGACAGUUUUAAGACCAUCAACAAGAAUCCCAUACAGAGCACUGUGUCCUGAUCACAGAGUGAAGAUGAUUGAACACAAAUGCUGCCCAGGAUGUGGAUGUUUCUGUUCAACGGGUACAGUCAUGUCUUGCACCAUUGAGAAGAUCCACCAUACAUUCCACAAAGAGUGCAUCCGAGAGAUCGAGGGCACCCUUUACUGUCCACACUGCGGCGACGAUGCAACCUUCGCCAAGGAGAUCAAACUCCCCAUCACCCCUGAGCUGGAGAAGAUGAAGACUUUACCAGGGUCGGUCCUCCUCAGCUACGGACAGAUCAAGCUUCCGAGGGCACUCCUGGAGACCCUUACCGGGAUCUCGGGGUCGGUUCUUAGUACUACACCAGGGGGUGCCGGUGAUGGUGGAGAGGCUGUUGCUGGUGGUGCCAAAGAAAAAAGUUCUACGAGAGCAAGGAUUUCAUCAAGUAAGAAAUCUCAAGGAGAAGCUACAGAGAAUGGUGUUGCAGAACAAAGUCAGGAGAAUACAAAGAAAUUCACACUAAAAAAUGGCAUAGUUAUUACUACAGCGUCACUGCCAGCUGGUCCCUCCAAGGACACCCUAGAGAAGGCUUUGGACUUUUUAGAUCCCAUCAAUCCAAGAAGACAGAGGUUUCAUCCAAAGAAUCUCUACAUGGCCUCAACAAAUGGAGAGGUGGACAAAGUCUUACAAAUGCUUAGUGAAGGAUUUGAUCCCAACUAUCGGUUCCCCUCCCAUAACCUUGAAACACCUCUCCAUGGCGCUGCUUCUAAAGGUCACCUUGAUAUCAUUUGUCUUCUACUUCAAUCUGGUGCUAACAUUGAUGCUGUAGAUGCAAAUCUAGCUACUCCUUUGCAUUCUGCAGCUGAUAACUCUCAUCUCACUUGUGUACAGUACUUGGUCACCUGUGGUGCAAAUGUAAAUCAUAAGGAUGAUGAAGGGUCAACAGUUCUUCACAUAUCCACCAAGAAUGGUAACAUGGAGAUGCUUGGCUACCUCCUCACUCUCAAUAAAAUUGAUCUUAAUUUACAGGAUAAUGGUGGUUGGACGCCAGUUAUCUGGGGUGCUGAUUACAAGAAUGCUGUCUCGGUCAGGUAUCUACUAGAACAUGGAGCUGAUCCAUUCGUCAGGGAUAAGGAGCAGAACAUUGGUCUACAUUGGGCUGCAUACUCGGGCUGCCAAGACGUGAUGGAAGUGUUCUUGAAUAAUAACAAAGACAACACGGACCAUCUCAAUGCUCUCAACGUUCAUGGAGACACUCCAUUGCAUAUAUCAGCAAGGGAAAAUCACUAUGGAUGUGCCAUGCAGCUGUUAGUACGUCAUGCUGAUGUGACAAUCAAGAACAAUGAGAAUGAGCUUGCCCUGGAUUGCUCUAAACCAAAGUCUGAUGUCUACCUUGCCAUCCAAGCUAAUAUCCGAAUGAAGAUGGCCAUUAAGAGGAGAAACAUCCGAUCAGAGGUCAUCUUGUCGAGAGACAUAGCUCAUGGCCUCGAGAACAUUCCCAUCCCUGUCGUGAAUUCGGUCAACGAUGAUGGUGUCCCAACGGACUUCCUUUACGUCAAAGACAACUGUGAGACGUCAAGACUGAAUAUUGACAGGAGUAUCAAACACAUGCAGGGUUGUAGCUGUGCUGAUGACUGCUUCAGUGAAGCAUGUGCCUGUAGUAGAAGUAGUGUUAGGUGCUGGUAUGAUAAGGAUGGGCGUCUGAUGCCAGAUUUCAACUACCAGGAGCCUCCUAUGAUCUUUGAAUGUAACAGAUCAUGCAGGUGCUGGACGAACUGCCGCAACCGUGUCGUCCAGAAGGGUCUCAGGAAACAUAUGCAGGUGUUCCGUAGCCCAGCGAUGGGAUGGGCUGUGCGGGUCAUGCAGGACGUCCCGAGGGGAUCUUUUAUAUGCGAGUAUGCAGGAGAGCUUUUAUCAGAUGCUGAUGCUGACCAAAGACAAGAUGAUUCCUACCUCUUUGACCUUGAUAAUAGGGAAGGUGAUGUCUACUGCAUCGAUGCCCGUUUCUAUGGUAACGUUAGCCGCUUCAUCAACCAUCGAUGCGAUCCUAACAUAGUUCCAGUCCGAGUGUAUAUUGAACAUCAGGAUCUCCGUUUCCCAAGGAUUGCUUUCUUUGCUUCCAAGGACAUCAGGGCUUAUGAGGAGUUAGGGUUUGAUUAUGGGGACAAGUUCUGGGCCAUCAAGUCAAAGUUCUUUGUCUGUGGAUGCGGGGCCUCAAUCUGUAAACACAAAGGGAGCAAAAUGCAUGCCAAUCUCCUCAUGGCUGCUGCUGCUGCAUCUGCAUCAUCUGCCAUGGCAACAUCAAAUUCUUCUAAAUAACAAUGUUAUUAUCGUUUUAUGUUAUGUAAUACUCCCUCGAUCCCACCCACCUCCCCUGUGAGUGACCCUCUGCUUUUCUCACCCCGUGCUCCCCCCCCCCCCCUUCUCCCCCAUGUGGAUCCCCUUUCUCUUAAAAAGUUUUUAGAUACAAUACUGUAGUACAGCUUUUGGUAUUGGGUAGCUCCAUUUUGGAGGUCGUUGAUCAUAAAAGCAAGAAGAGUAAGUGUUAUGCUGCAUACCCUCUCCAGCAUUGGCUUUAAAAUGGGUUAUUUUACCUUAAUGCACUUUUGUUAAUUGUAACAUUCUUAUUUUUUAUGUUUUUAAAUAGGCAUGGAAUCAGUAGACAUGGAAAUUUUGUUUUUCGUAAAGAUUUGAUUUCAAAACUUAAACUAACAAAAUAUUUGUUUUCAUCUUUAUUUUUGUUUUGAAAAUUUUGUUUUGACUGAAUGUGGGUAUUACUUUUGACAAGUAUAUAUUCCUUUCUCCCAUGAAAAAAAGGAAAUCCUGGUGUAAUGUGAAAAAGUAAAGUGGAUUGGGAUUAAUAUCUCCAUAUGUUAAGCUGGGCACAAAACUUUAAAACGUGAGCUGGACUCGCACGUGUGUUAAUAUUUUUUAUCCUUCUGUUUCAUGUCAGUUGCUCGAAGCGAUUGUUUUUAGAUUUGAUUUUGGUAUUUUUGGCCCCAUUGCAUCAAAGCUACAUUUUCAAUUAACUUCCCUAUCCAAUGGUAUCCUUGAUUCUGAUUGGUCAUUGGGAAUUGUUGCCAUGGUAGUUACCAUUGGAUGGCAAAGUCACUGUGAUAUUAACUUUUAUGCAACAGGGCCCUGGAUAAUUUAAAGUGAGCCAUAGGUUUGUAACGGGAGUGAUUCAAAUAGGACUCGGUAAUCAUCAAAUGAAUCAUUUAAAAAUAUCAAUUAUGUCUUGAAUUUGAUUUUCAUUAUGGCAAGAGUAAUCCUCAAGUUUGAUGAUGAAAAAUACCUCUUUUCUAGUCCAUCAUUCUUACCAAUACUGUGGUCAUUUUGGAUCGUGAAAUUCUGCUAUACAUUGAUCAGAGAUAAUUAACAUUGAUUUGAAUUUACACUUUUAAUUGUUUUAUAUUCACUAAUUGUCAUGUCAUUCUUUGAAAUCGAUUGCUGUUUGCAUGGAUAUGUAUAUCAAGUGAUUAUACUGUGAAAAGUUGAUUAUGAGACUGUAAUAUUAUGAAUGUGCAGUAAGCUGGCAUGUAUGCGUUGGCAAAGAUCACUCCUAAAAAAAUUUAAACAUGAUGGUUACGACAUGGUUACGACAUAUGAUCAUGAUGUCAAAUGCUACAAUAGAAUCACCCCAAUUGUUUAAAUUGUUAUAAUGUAAUUUAGCAGAAAACAUACAUGUAAGUAUAUAGAAUCAAUAACAGAUACACAAAUAAAUUGUUACAGUAGCACGGAAAUGCUUAGAUAUUUAGUUACUGGCAUUGCAACCUUGGAAUUAAAAUAGUUUCUUUCUUUUUGUGCAUGGAGAAAUUUGGUGGAGCAUUGGUCAUUCUGGAGAAUCUAAAUGUUGGAUAAAUUUGAUGGAGCAAUUGGAGUGUGUUUCAAGAGAAGUGAUCCUACAUGAAACAAGUUAUAAUUGAACACUGUGUAUUGUUAUAUAAUAGAAAAGAAGAUGAGAGAAAUCAAUUGACUGCUAGUUGCAAGCACAUUUGUUAAUCACAACGCAUUAAAAUGGUCGACCUGCACAAAGUUACCCUUGCCUGAUUUACAUGGAUAAAUGACUGACUUAAAAGCAAGCAACAAAUAAUUAUUGGAAAUUAUUAACUAUCAUGAUCUAACAAUGAAAUUGAACAAUUAGAGCGAAGUUUUCUCCUUAAUCUUUCAAACAUUGAGGGAAAAGGCAUGUCCUUGAUAUUAUUGUGAACAGAGAAAAAAAAUAUGGAUAUAGCAAAUAGAUUAUUUCACCCUAUACUAUUAAUCGCAAAAUUUUAAUUAACCAAAAGAAACUUACAUAUGACAAGCAUUUUUUUAACCUCAUGGCAUGCCCAAUAUGAUCUUGUUAUGGUUGCUACUCUCUUCCGCAUCUCAUGCAUGGUUGUUGUUUUUUAUAGAUGUUACAGCCCCACUUUUUGUAGAUUUGUAAAGGAUUCCUUAGGCAAAUUUGUCAUGUUAAAUAUGAAGCAUUUUCAGUGACUUUAAAUAGAUUUAUUCCAGAUGCAAUCCCAAGAUGCAUCAUUCUUGGAGCCGAGUUACUGUAUUUGUGUCUGCACUCCUCUUCAUAUUUUGUUGAAAUAUUUAAGCCAUUUGAAAUUCCAUCAACUCUACCUCAGCAUGAUCAUUUUUUUUUUCUUCUGAAAUGUAGUUUCAUUAUUCAUUAACAUUCAUAUAAUGUUUGGAAUUUAAUUGGUCCGUACACUCUUGAUAUUAUUCAAUUUUUUACCAUGCCUUUUUUUCUUUUUAUUUGUUUAAUUUGUAUGUUUGUUUUAAUCUGAUUUGAAGUAAUUCAUAUGAAAUCUGAGCUUGGAUAUUUGUAGAUGAUCAAAUAUCAAUCUCAGUCACCCUAUUCAUGAAUAUACAGUUUUCAGAGUUAUUAUGAACACUGUCAUGCUCAUGGGUAUUUUUUAAAGAAUGUUUUCUAAAUAUUUCAUUGCAUGAAAAUGACUAUGAUCAUCACAUUUGUUUUGUGUUAACUGAUUCAUCGUUCAAGCCAUUGUAAUGCUUGCUAAUAAGGGGAGCUUUACACAGACACAAAAUGUCUCUCAUCCCAUUGGCUGAGAGUAAAUUAUACAGUGAAAGUCACUGAAUGAACUCUUCACAAAACACUCAUAUUUUGCAAGAUUCAUAUUUAAAAACUGAAAAGAAAACAAUGAAUCCUAGUCUGAAAUACUUCUCUUGAUAAAGUCUCACCAUAUGACAAUUCAAUCUUCCAUCUCUGUACAAAUUGAGUUAUUUCACUCAAUGUAAGUGAGUCCUUCCUGAUAUUAAAUUGGGUUUAUUAACACAAAAUUGAAAGGGAACAAAUUUAGGGGGAAUGAAUUAAGCCAGAUAUUGAGUACAUUUCAAGGCCUGAAAAUGAUUCAUGUCCAAAUAUGCUGUUAAAUGGAGAACCAUUUCAUUACAAAUUUUUGUAUGUUUUCUCUUUUCAGAUGGAGUGAACAUUAAAUUUCAUAUGGUACUAUUAGUUUAUGUAUUUUUUUUUUGGGGGGGGUUAAUUAUUGAGAAAGUAGAACUAAUGUUGACUUUUCUCAAUAUUUCAUCAAUACCACAACAUUUUUAAGUAAGUCUACAUUGUGUGAUCACCGGGGGAGGGGGGGGGUAGAAACAUAAAAAUAUCAAGUGAAUAAUCAAAAUCCAGUUUGUUUUUUAAUAUCAAGUAUAUAUGUAUGCAGAAUAUUUUUUUAUAAUGCAUUAUUCUUAUAGUCUAACUAAACCGGUUCAACAAUAAUACAAAUUAAACUCGUCCAGUUUUCAAUAUGUACUUGUAGAUAGGAACAUAACCAAAAUUCAUCAAAUCUAAGGGGUUUAUGAAUAAUUUACUUGUUAGCUGUAUCGUUAAAACCGACCGAUUUGCGGAAAUCCAUUGUAGACUGUAUGAAACAAAUGCCUCGGGGAAAUAUUUUGAAAUGCGAAAAUUGAAAACCUAUUUGGGUCAUGAGAAAGAGAGCCAGAAGAAACGAUCUGUUUUUAUAAGUCUACCAAAAAAAAAGUCAUUUAAAUAUUUCCCUCUACCUUUCACCAAUAUCUGUCUCUCCUCUUUCCGCCUGGAGAAAAGUUGAUAAAGUAGUAUUUUUGACAUGAGCCCUUCUGAGUAAAAAUUUAUUCAUGACAGUAAUAUAAUUUGCCUUUAAGGAUUAUACUUUGAAAUGUCAUAUGCAUAGGGGAUCAGUUUCUGAGAGAGAACACACUUGUUGCAAUCUGCGCUCCAACACACCCACUCACCCCGUUUAAAUAUACAUCAUUUUGCAGUCUUUUAAAGUGAUGUCUUGAAAAGGAUCGGACGUGGGUGUUCUGUAGUAGGUAUAUCAUAGAAUAGAUGACCGCCAAUGUUUGUCAUGUUUCUUGCAGGAGUAUAGUUAUUGUGUAAUAUUGACUUGUCUUUUGAGUGCGAAUGUAAUAAUUGCUUUGAAGUGAAUGAUGUAUAUGUGUAGGUAUUGAACCGUGAUCGAUUAAAAGAUACAUUGAAAAAAUACAAA